AUGAGUCAAUCAUCCCUUUUGAUCCGUAACGGAGGUUACUCCAAUGGAGAUCGUAACGCCACUCAAUUGGAAGAUGAUAUCAUACGCAUACCGGAGUGUGAUCUCAAUGACGUCAAGGAGUGUUUCCGUCUCACGCUCAUUGGACGUGUUUUCCACAUCCGUGGAAGGAGCAUCGAUGCCCUGAUCAACCUUCUCCCCCGCCCCCGGAUCUGGAAUGUAGAGGGAAAAGUCCGUGGACUGAACCUCGGGAAUGGCCGCUUUCAAUUCGAUUUUGACAAAGAGGAGGACUUGCAGACGGUCCUAAAUAAGCGUCCCUGUCAUUUCAACCAGUGGAGUUUCGCGCUGGAACGUUGGGAACCCUUCACUAGCGAAAAUUUUCCAAACACGAUCCCGUUUUGGAUCAAUGUGACGGGAGUCCCAGUUCAUUUUUGGAAUGAUAAAACUUUCACGGAGAUUGCUAACGCGCUUGGGAAAAAACUCCUAGUCGAUGAAAAAAAGGCGCGAAUCCAAGUCUCCAUUGACGCGGACAAACCCCUGCAAUUUGAGCGAAGAAUAGGAUUCCCAAGUGGAGACAUCAGGAAAGUAUCGUUAUCUUAUGAUGGCCUUCACCGUUACUGUUUCACCUGCAACCUCAUCUCUCAUGAUGAAAAUACAUGCCCCCUGUUGGCACCAGAGGAAAGAGAACUUAAGAGGAAGCUGCGACAGGAAAAUUUAGAGAACAAUGAACGGGCAAGAUUCCCUAUUCAAGGCUCCCAAGGUUUUAACUCUCGAAAUCCGCUAAAGCGAGCCCGCUCCCCUACUAAUGGGAGUCAUCCUAGCCCCUCGGAAACCACGAGAUAUAGCGAACUCAACCGUGAGGAGAAAAGAAGAAGAAGCGCGUCCUCGUCCUAUCAACCUCGCGAAACUCGAGUCACUGAUCCUCGUGCUAGAGAUCGCAAGAGUUCGAGCAGACAAGAGAACCACUACACCCAUCAUGGCAGAGAAGUAUGGAGCCGUCUGGAAAACCCAGCUAGGAAGAAGGAACUGCAAAGAUCACAAAGAGGACGCACCACAAAACACUCUGAACGGAACAUCUUUCGCAAGGAGACGUCCCGUCCAAGCAACAAACCUUACGCUGAAUGGCGACCACAAAGCUUUUCUGGAGAACACAGAAACAGAUCAGGCAACUACUUGGCACCUCGCCGGACGGAGGACGAACGUAUGGAAAGAUCUAGAGCUACUUUUGACUCUCAAAAGACCAUUACGGACAAUCGUGUAUCCCUGGAAUCAGGAGAGUUUUUUGAAACUCAUCGAUCGGAUUUUGACGCUGCAAUGGCAGAGGAGGAAAGGAUCCGUCGCCUCAAAGGCAAAGCCAUUGCCACCGGACCACCUUCACCAACGCACAAGACUCCCCAGACCCUGAACCGUGUGAACCAAGGAAUCAUUCUAACUUCGCCCGUUAAGCCAACCGACGCAUCACAAGUCCAAAGGUAUGAUCAACCUUUAUUAGAACAAGAGGAUGCUAUUCUUGAGUUAGAAGAAGGUUUAGAUCAGGCCCUAGAUGUUCCUCUAACUGAGCUUGAAUCUACUGAGGUUGAUAACCUAGUUCUGGAAACAAAACGUCUUGAAAUGGCUGAGAAAAUGAUGGCUGAAAAUAAUAUAGAUGAGAAUAUGAUUGACCUGGAUAAUGAUGAUCUCCUUGGAGAUGAGCUCCUUGGAGAGACGCCUGACCUUGUUGAUGCAGAAAAAAUUGAGGCCAUUUCUCAGCUCUCUCCAGCAAAUGCUGUGUCAAAGAAAGUAGAAUCUACGAACAAGCAAAAGGAACGUGCAAAGACAGCCACUUACAUUCAAGAAGAGGCGCUAGCAUCAGGGUUGGGUGUCUACGUCCCAAAAGGCCUACUGAAGAAGAAGGCCCCCCGAUCUCCUGAUAUAAAAGGAGCGAGGGCAUCCAAGAAACUCCAAGGCCUCGGUGGCCGUGCUUCCCCAAAGAAGAAGACUACACUGGGUAAACGCCCAUCAUCUUUUUCGUCUAAGGUCCCUCGCAUUGAGGUGUUUCCUUCUGCUUCACGCAAGAAAUAUGUGUCCCUUUCAGGUUCGGUGGUGUCCCAGAAACCACCCAGUAAGAGGAUAUGA